UAUAAAAAUUCUAAAAACUAAACUUUUGAAUAGAAAUAUGGAAGAGACUUCUAUUAAUGUCAAUGUUAAGACAGCCGAAGGGGUUCUUUAUGUAAUUGUAGCACUUUUGACAGAUAAAUUACAGGAUUUAAAAAUGAAGAUUGAUGAUAAAGUGGGUGUUAGACCCGAACACCAGAAAUUAGCUUUCAAAGGGAAGACUUUGAGAGAUAACAACAAAACUUUGCAGGAGCUAGGAUUCUCCGAAAAAUGCACUGUCCAUUUUAUGGCUGUACUACGUGGUGGUAAAUCAAGUUUCAGCUUGUUUUAAGAAUCUUGAAAAGAUUUCUGUAGGAUUCUCAAUUUA